AUGGCUCCCAAGAUUGCAAUUGUCUACUACUCCAUGUACGGCCACAUCAAGGCCUUGGCCGAGGCCGAGAAGAAGGGCAUUGAGUCCGCUGGUGGUCAAGCCGACAUCUUCCAGUCAGUCACACCAUUCUUCUUCUUCCUCCUCACGUCAUUGAUUGCCGAGACCCUCAACGCGGAAGUCUUGGCCAAGAUGGGCGCUCCUUCCAAGGCCGACUACCCCAUUGCCGAGCCCGCUGACCUCCUGGCCUACGACGCCGUUCUCUUCGGUAUCCCUACCCGUUACGGUAACUUCCCUGCUCAGUGGAAGACCUUCUGGGACAAGACUGGUGGCAUUUGGUCCACCGGUGGUUUCUGGGGCAAGUACGCCGGUCUUUUUGUAUCGACCGGUACCCAGGGUGGUGGUCAGGAGUCUACUGCUCUUGCCUCCAUGAGCACUCUCACUCACCACGGUUUCAUCUACGUUCCCCUUGGUUACAAGACCGUCUUCGCCCAGCUGGCCAACUUGGACGAGGUUCACGGUGGUAGCGCCUGGGGUGCUGGUACCUUCGCUGGUGCCGAUGGUUCCCGUCAGCCUUCUGCCCUUGAGCUCGAGGUUGCCACUGCCCAGGGUAAGGCUUUCUACGAGACUGUCUCCAGGGUCCAUACCGAGUCGAAGCCGGAGAGCUCGACCCCUGCUGCCGGGGAGGCUGCUCAGAAGACUGAGCAGCCUGCCAAAAAGCAGCAGCAGGGUACUCAGCAGCCAGCCAAGGAGAAGAGCAAUGAGGGGCCAUGUGGCUUGCCCAAGAAAUGUACCAUUCUUUGA